AUGGCGGUACAAGACAACGACUGGGUUGACUAUUUAAGCGUGCAACAGAACAGUACAAAAGCCCACGUCAAAACUGAGUUAGAGAAUGGAAUAGAUGGAUCCAACGACAUCACAAAUCUUGCAACAUUGCACUUGAAUUACAGUCUGUACGAUAAUGAAACUGGCUACCCUGCGUAUUCCAACUUCACAACGGAUGACUAUUGUUCGUCAAAUCAUUCACAUGUUUAUCUAAACGUCACUUGUGAAUUUCCAAUAAACUAUGCUGAACCGAUGUACGGAUAUAUCGCGCCAUUUCUUCUUGCUACCACAACUGUUGCAAACACGCUGAUCGUCGUGGUGUUGUCACGUCGCCACAUGCGGACCCCCACGAACGUUGUGCUAAUGGCGAUGGCACUGUGCGACAUGUUCACAAUGCUGGUCCCCGCCCCCUGGCUGUUCUACAUGUAUACCUUUGGGAAUCACUACAAGCCACUUAGUCCUGUACGAGCAUGUCAAGCAUGGAAUUAUAUGAAUGAGGUGAUACCGGCGAUGUUCCACACGGCUAGCAUUUGGCUGACCCUCGCUCUAGCGGUGCAGAGAUACAUCUACGUGUGUCACGCUCCAGUCGCAAGAACUUGGUGUACGAUGCCUCGUGUGAUGAAGUGCCUGAUAUACAUCGGUAUUGCCGCCUUCCUACACCAGCUUCCGCGUUUCCUGGAUCGCCAAUACGUCCCACACAUAACAGUUUGGCGCGGACAUUUCGAGGCAGUCUGCAGGAUAGAGAUGGCGCCGUGGGUACAUACACUGUCAAUGGAUGCAUAUUUUAUAACAUACUUUGGGUUCAGAGUUUUAUUCGUUCACCUGAUUCCUUGUACUUCACUAGUCGUUCUAAAUGUUCUGCUUUUCAGAGCCAUGAGAGCCGCCCAGAUCAAUAGGCAGAAAUUAUUCAAGGAGAAUCGAAAAUCUGAAUGUAAAAGACUUAGGGACUCCAAUUGUACGACUCUGAUGCUUAUUGUGGUAGUAACUGUAUUCCUUUUGGUCGAAAUUCCCGUGGCCGUUGUUACCAUACUUCACAUAAUAUCUAGUACUAUAGUCGACUUUUUGGAUUAUCAUAUCGCUAACAUAUUGAUUUUGGACUAA